ACUAAACACCAAAACGCUGUGACACAUGCCACGUUUUUUUGCUUGAUAUACCCACAGAAGCGGUGUUCAAGAUAAUAAAUGGCUAAAUCUAAAUUAUUCACCGCAUAGAUUUGUAUUUAGAAACGAAUAAGCGGCGAUAAAAUCGUAAACAGGUGAUCUCUGAGUGAUGCUCGACACACCGACGCUCUGUUUUUCACGCACGACUGAAUGCGGUAUCUGUUUCGUGAACGCAUAGGUUGAAAUUGCAGAUUAAAGCUUCAGUUGCCGGUGUUUUUUGGAUGGUUGAUGGGAAUUAAUGGCUGAAGUGAAAUGUAAACGUGUAAAUGGCCUGUGUCAUAGUCAUAAUGUCAAUCUGCAUCUAGGCACUGUGUUUGUGUAUUUGUAUUGACAGUGCAUGCAUAUUGUGGAUUUCAUUACAGUGAUAGAAGAUAAGAUGGCCACCUCCUCCUCCAAUCUGGAAGAAGAUGAAAGUCUGAAAGGCUGCGAGGUUUUCGUGCAGAAACACAACAUACAGCAGAUCCUCAAAGAGUGCAUCGUCAACCUGUGUAUCGCCAAGCCCGAGCGGCCUAUGAAGUUCCUGCGGGAACACUUUGAGAAGCUGGAGAAGGAAGAAUGCAAGCAGAUCAUGGCCCGUCAGAAGUCCAACUCUCAGUCCGACUCUCACGAUGAUGAAGUGUCUCCUCCUCCUCCAAACCCGGUGGUGAAGGCUCGGCGCCGGAGAGGUGGGGUCAGCGCCGAGGUCUACACAGAGGAGGAUGCCGUCAGCUAUGUCAGAAAGGUCAUUCCAAAGGACUACAAGACAAUGACCGCCCUGGCCAAAGCCAUCUCUAAGAACGUGCUGUUUGCCCACCUGGACGACAAUGAGAGAAGUGACAUAUUUGAUGCCAUGUUCCCGGUCACACACAUCGCCGGAGAGACAGUAAUCCAGCAAGGAGAUGAAGGGGACAACUUCUAUGUGAUUGAUCAAGGAGAAGUUGAUGUGUAUGUGAACGGUGAAUGGGUGACUAGUAUUGGAGAGGGUGGUAGUUUUGGAGAGUUAGCCCUGAUAUAUGGAACUCCUCGAGCUGCUACUGUCAAAGCCAAGACUGACAUGAAACUGUGGGGAAUAGACAGAGACAGCUACCGACGCAUCCUCAUGGGAAGCACGUUGAGGAAGAGGAAGAUGUAUGAAGAGUUCCUCAGUAAGGUGUCUAUACUUGAAUCCCUUGAUAAGUGGGAGAGGCUGACAGUGGCCGAUGCUCUGGAGCCUGUGCAGUCUGAAGAUGGAGAGAAGAUCGUAGUGCAGGGAGAGCCUGGAGAUGAUUUCUUCAUUAUUACAGAGGGUACAGCAUCUGUUCUGCAGCGCAGGUCUGAUAAUGAAGAAUAUGUUGAAGUGGGCCGCCUGGGUCCGUCUGACUACUUCGGUGAGAUAGCACUGCUACUGAACAGACCCCGUGCAGCCACAGUCGUGGCCAGAGGUCCGCUCAAGUGCGUGAAGCUGGACAGGCCUCGUUUCGAGCGUGUCCUCGGGCCCUGCUCUGAGAUCCUCAAGAGGAACAUUCAGAGAUAUAACAGCUUCAUUUCCCUCACAGUUUAACCCAGCCAUCCGACACUUGUCUAGACCUCUGGCAGGUUACUUGGUUGCCUGGUUGUAUAAAAUAAUGUGUGAGGUAGGGGUGCGCGAUAAAUAUUGUGUGAUAAUUAAUGCGCAUCUCGUCAGUAAAGCCGGUUCUCUAAUCAACGGUAAAU